UCUCCAUUUUCUACUAUUCUCCUCUUCACCCAAAACCUAUGUUGCGGCCGUACUCGCCACCACCAUACCCCGACGUCGACGUUCAUGUGGGUUUGGUAGCUGCUAAGUUUGUGAGAGAAGAUGACAAGGUGGGUGUUGGCUCAAUUGGGUUUAUAAGAGAAGAUGACCAAAGGAUAUAUGGAGUUAGCCACAUGCCCACACCUAGCCCCCGCCCACCAAUUCGGUCGAUAUUUGUCACUCAUCCAUCCUCCUCCUCCAAACUCCGGUCCUUCUCAAGCCUCGACUUAGUUCCCAUAGCCUUCUUCCUCCUCCUUUCAAUA